AUGGCCCACAACUACAACAUUUCUGUCGACACCUCGCUGGAGAAGGUGAAACGGCAUCCAAAGUACUAUCUCUCCGGCGGAGACAUUCAUUUCUUGGUUGAGAAUUACCUGUUCCGUGUACAUCGUUAUUUCUUCGAGCGCGAGUCGGCGUACUUCCGCGAGAAGUUCGCCGUCGCGGCACCGCCUGGCCAACAGCCCAAGGGCUCGUCAGACGGGAACGCGUUUCCUCUGGAGGAUGUAUUAGCUAACGACUUUGCACGAUUUCUCUGGGUGUUCUACAACCCGAAAUACUCCAUCUACGAUGCUACGGUUGACGAUUGGUCAGCCAUCCUGAAGCUGGCAUUCGACUGGCGGUUCUCGGAGGUCAAGAAGCUCUGCGUGCGGGAGCUCGAGAAGUUCGAGAUCGCGGCGCUGCAGAAGAUCGAGCUCUACCAGGCGUACGAGCUGGACAAGAAGCUCCUCAUUCCUUCCUACAUCGCGAUGUGUAUGCGGCCCGAGCCGCUGUCCAUCAAGGAGGGUCGCCAGCUCGGGCUCGAGACUGCGCUGCUUCUUGCAACUGCGCGAGAGUCCGCGCGUGGGCGGCCAUCGAGCAGCCCCGGCCAGAUCUGCUCCUCGCCCGUCACCGUCGAGAGCGACGACAUGGUCACGAUCAUCAAGGAUGUUUUUGGCAUCAUUGCCGGCCCGCCCUCCCCUUCUCUCACUCCGCUCGAGAACACUGGGAAAGUGUCGCCCUUCACG